AUGCCUGUUCGAAAACAAGAUGCUUAUCGAGCAUUAGAUUUGCUUGAAGAGUAUUAUAAUCGUCUGGAUUCACCUGAAGAUAAACCAUUAAAAAAUGCCAUUGACAGAGUUAUCAAAGUUUUUAAAAGUCGUCUUUUCCAAGCACUUAUGGAUAUUCAAGAAUUUUAUGAAACUAUUUUACUUGAUGAACAAAGUGAUCGUACAGCUAAAAUGAGAGCAACACUUCAAUUAGUUGAUGAAUUGGAAAAACAACCGAUGCUUAGACAAGAUAUACGUAAUGGUCCAGCAACAACAACAAUAAAGGAACCAUCACCGAUAGUAUCAACAAUUGUAACUGAUAAUCCAUUAAUACGUCCAUCGAAUAUUAAAGAAGAUAUUAAAAGACAACCAACACCAACACCAUUUUCUCAAAUAACUAAUAUACCAGAUUCAACUAAUCGUCAAAAUACAACAGAUUUAAAUUUACCUACUAAUAUACCAGAACUUAAUUAUAAUGAUCAUUGGACAGAACUUAAAAUUGAUCUUGAACGAGUACCUGGCAAAGGUCUAGGGUUUUCAAUUGCUGGCGGUACAGAUACCCCAUGUAUUACUGAUUCCUCAGCUGUUGUUAUUACACGUAUAACUGAAAGUGGUCUUGCUGAUAUUGAUCAUCGAUUGAAACUUCAUGAUAUAAUUUUACGUGUUAAUAAUAUCGAUUUUACUAAUAUUCAACAUCAAGCAGCAGUUGAUACACUUAAAUCUGCUGAAAGUCCAGUUAUUUUAAUAGUUCGUCGUUUAGCUCCACCAAUUAUGGAAGAAAUCGUAUUAGAAAAACCAUCAAAUGUUCAUUUAGGUUUUUCAAUUGCUGGUGGAAUUAGUCACGAACAUGUUAAAGGUGAUUAUGGUAUAUUUAUAACAAAUAUAAUUCCAGGUGGUAUUGCUGAUAAAAAUGGAAAAUUAAAAGUUGGUGAUCGUUUAAUGAGUGUACAAUCAAUGAAAAAUACUUAUGAUCUUGAAUUUGUUGAGCAUAAACAUGCUGUUGAAUCUAUUCGACGUGCAUGUGAUGAAAGUCAAAACAUAACUUUAAUUGUUGGUCAUCCAACUGUUUAUGCAUUAAAUACACAACUUCAAUCAACUAAUACUUCUAUUCAAAAUCAAUUAAAAUCAAAAAAUGAAACUAAUGGACAUCGAUUAACGAGUAAUGAUGAACAUGAAGACCUUCCUCUUGACCGUCGAGUAUUACUUCGACGCGGUCCAACUGGUUUUGGCUUCAAUAUUAUUAGUUCUGAAGGUGUACCAGGUACAUUUAUAUCGUUUAUUCAAUCUGGUGGUGUAGCAGAUAAAUCAGGACAAUUACGUAAGGGUGAUCAAAUAUUAUCUGUAAACAAUAAGGAUGUACAAGGAGCAUCUCACGAGGAGGUUGGAAAAUUACUUACCAAUUGUGGUGAUACAGUGAAUCUACAUGUUACUCAUAAAUAUAAUGAUUUUCUUCAAUGUCAAACUCGUAAUGAAGAACGUCGUAAUAGAGUAACAAGCGAAGCAGGUGGAAGCACAGGUAAUUUAAAGAUUUCAACACGAAAACAAUUUUUUGUUCGAGCGGAAUUUGAUUAUGACCCAACAAGAGAUCCAAAUUUACCAGGAGGUCCUGGUAUACCAUUUCGUACAGGUGAUAUUCUUCAUGUAAUAAAUGCUGCUGAUGAUUCAUGGUGGCAAGCAAAACGUUUUAUUGAUGGUAGAGAAGAAAUCGGAAUAAUUCCAUCAAAAUCAAGAGUAGAAAAAAAAGAACGAGCUAGACAAAAACGUAGUAAUACACCAGAUCAUGAAAAAAAGAAAAAGAAGAAAAUUGGCUUAUUUAGUAAAACUGGUGAUAAAAAAGAUGUACAAUCAGGUGACGAUACUGAAAAUGAAUCAGAGAAUUUAGAACCUGCCCCAUCAUAUCAAUUGCUUACUCAACAUAAAAUUGAUUACUCGCGACCACUUAUAAUAUUUGGCCCAUUUAAAGAAAUUCUUAAUGAUCAAUUGAUAACUGACCAUCCAGACAAAUUUACUAAUUGUAUACCUCAUACAACACGACCAAGACGUGACAAAGAAAUCGAUGGUCGAGAAUAUCAUUUUGUUGCAAAUCGUAAACAAAUGGAAGAUGAUAUUCAAAAUUAUUUAUUUAUUGAAGCUGGAGAAUAUGGAGGAAAUUUAUAUGGUACAAGUAUUAAUGCUAUUCGUGAUGUAGCUUAUGCUUCAAAACAUUGUGUUUUGGACGUCAGUGGUCGUGCUAUUAAACGUUUAAUUAGAGCUGGUCUUUAUCCAAUUGUUAUAUAUGUUAAACCACGUGAUGUCAAAUGGAUAUUGGAUAAUAUGGGACAAGAAGCAGAUGAAAAACGAGCUAAACAAAUCUAUGACAAAUGUAAUGAAACUGAAGAACAAUUUGGUAAUCUUUUUACAGCUACUAUUGAAGAAGACAAUUUAAAUGAUGCUUAUGAUCGUAUAUCUGAGAUUAUUAAUCAUGAAAAUAGAGUUGAUUCGGCUUGGAUACCAUCAGAAGAAAAAAUUUGA